CUCAGUAACUAUGAGAUUCAUCUUAAAUGGUUGCUGCUCAUAACAGGAAGAAAUGGUUGUUGGUUAAGCCAUUGGCUUUUAGGAAUUUCCUUUUCCAGUUUGGACUGGUGUUCCAGUUACUAACUGAUCUGAAAGAACAGCGUAAAGAGAGUGGAAAGAAUAAACACAGUACUGGACAACAGAACUUGAAUACUAUCACCUAUGAAACAUUAAAAUACAUAUCAAAAACACCAUGCAGUCACCAGAGUCCUGAGAUUGUCAGGGAAUUUCUCACAGCAAUGAAAAGCCACAAGUUGACCAAAAAGUCCUGCAGAGUCCAGUGCAAGGGUCUGCUCUGUGAAGUCGUCUUCUUCAAGUUGAGAGUAAAUGUUUGGGGAAUUAUGAGGAAUAGAACUGGACUACAACUUCAAUAGUAAUGACUACUAUUUAUGGAGAAACUACUGUGUGACAGUCACCAUUAUGAACACUGCGAACACUAAAAGCAGAUGAUUAAGAACAUGAGCUUUGGUGGUAGAGUCCCAGCUCUGCUGUUUACUAGCUGUGUAACCUUGGACAAGUUAUUUCCAAUCUCAGCGUCAGUUAAGUCUGACAGUUAAAUGUGCUUCUCUAAUGGAAAGUAAGCAAUAAAUGGUGGUUACUGCCACCGUAAAUGGAAAGUAAGCAAUAAAUGGUUGUUGCUGCCACCUCCUCACCCCUUGUGAGAUAGUAAAUAUAUCAUCAUGCAUGUUUUACAAAUGAUGAAACUGAGUCUUAGGGAGUCUGGGUAACUUGUACUGCUUCCCGAAACACAUGACUCUGGGAUUUGUGGCUUACUCAUCUUUUUAUUCUAUAGUGUCUUUAAACUCAGUAAGUAUUUAUUGCAUUUAAAAAUGUAUUUGGAGCUCCAGGGUCAGAUUGAAAGAAAAAUUUAGAAAUUGUUACCUGCAUAGAGUGGUAAUUGAAGUUGUUCUCUUAAGUCCUGUCAUCUUUGAGAGUCCACGCAUUUCAACCACCCCUUCAGCAGUGAGCUACAUAGUACCAUGUGGCAGAUGGCAGUGAUCUUCAACUGUUACUUAAAUCUUUUUAAAAUUUGUUUGUAUUUGUCUUCUUUCCCCAACUGGUUUGUAAGCUCUUUGAGGACAGAAGACCGUGCUGUGUACUACUAUGUAUAUUAACUCCUGCUCCCUUAAAGUCGUUUUGUUUACUAAGAUAAUAGGUCAAACUUCAGUAAAAGUUAAUCUCAAAAAGGAAUUCUUAAGCAGUGACCAACCAAGAUUAUUUUGUUAAUCUUUACUUUCUAUUAUCUGAAUUAAGAAAACUUUUCUUACAUUUUCCAAAUAAAAUUUAUUAAACUUU